AUGGAGUUGUGCACACAAACCAUUCCAACGGAUCAUGAGGUUAAAAUUACACGUCGCGUUGGUAGUCAUCAUCCUACUGUCUGGGGAGACCAUUUUUUUGCCUAUGCUAAUCUCCCGGGAGCCAAUGAGGGGGAAGAGAAGCAACAUGAAGACCUAAAAGAAGAAGUGAGAAAGAUGCUAGUGAUGGCUCCUUCAAAUUCUUUGGAAAAACUUGAACUCGUCAACACAAUCCAAUGUCUUGGUGUAGCUUAUCAUUUUGAACGUGAGAUUGAGGAAGCAUUGAGUUACAUGUGCACUCAUUAUGAAGAAUAUUUGAUUGGUGACCUUCAUGCUAUUGCUCUAUGCUUCCGAUUACUUAGGCAACAAGGUUAUUAUGUCUCAUGUGAUGCUUAUAAGAAGUUCAUUGACGAUCAAGGAAAUUUCAAGAAAGAAUUGGUUAACGACGUGCAUGGAAUGUUGAGCUUGUAUGAGGCAGCACAAUUCAGAGUACACGGCGAAGAAAUUCUAGAUGAAGCACUAAAUUUCACCAACACUCAAUUAAAACUAAUUUUGCCUAAAUUGAGUAAUUUCCCACUUGCACAACAAGUCGCUAACGCACUCAAGUUUCCAAUUAGAGAUGGUGUUGUGAGGGUAGAAGCAAGGAAAUACAUAUCAUUUUACCAACAAAAUCAAAAUCACAAUCAAGUCUUACUAAACUUUGCCAAAUUAGACUUCAAUAUCUUGCAAAGAUUGCAUAAAAAAGAGCUAUCUGAUAUCUCAAGGUGGUGGAAAGAAUUGAAAAUAGUGAAGACAUUUCCUUAUGUAAGAGACAGAUUGACAGAGGCUUACUUCUGGAGUUUAGGCAUCAACUUUGAACCUCAGUAUAGCAUUGUGAGGAAAAUAUUAACAAAAAACAUAUACAUGCUUACUCUUAUUGAUGACACAUACGAUAUUUAUGGGACACUAGAUGAACUUAUUCUAUUCACAGAGGCAAUUGAAAGGUGGAAUAUUGAUGCUUCCGAACAUUUACCAUCAUAUAUGAAGAUUAUUUACUGUGGUCUUCUAGAUGUUUACGAUGAAAUUGAGAAAGAGUUGGCAGAUGAAAACAAGUCAUUUCUAGUCAACUAUUCCAUAAUAGAGAUGAAAAAGGUGGUGAGGGCUUACUUUCAAGAGGCAAAAUGGUAUUAUGGUAAGACAGUACCAAAAAUGGAACAAUACAUGAAGAAUGGAAUUUCAACAAGUGCUUACGCACAAUUAGUAGCUACUUCAUGGUUAAGCAUGAGAAAUGUAGCAACUAAAGAUGCAUUUGAUUGGAUAGCAAAUGAACCUCCAAUACUUGUUGCUUCUUCUCUCAUUGGAAGAUUAAUCAAUGAUCUUGCAUCACAUGAGGAAGAACAAAAACGAGGAGAUGCACCUUCUAGUGUUGAAUGCUAUAUGAAUGAAUAUGGUGUUACAAAGGAGGAAGCACACAUAAAAAUAAGAGAUAUAAUAGAAAAUUGUUGGAAGGAUUUAAAUGAAGAACACUUCAAAGUGAAUGGGGCUAUUAUACCAAGGGUUUUGCUCAUGUGUAUAACUAAUAUGAGGAGAGCAGUUGACUUCUUAUAUAAAGAUGAAGAUGCUUAUACUUUUUCCAAAAAUAACUUGAAAGAUGUCAUUUAUAGGAUACUUAUUGAUCCUAUUAUAUAG